AUGGCACCCAAAAGCAACGACUUCUACGUCCUGACGGGCAUCAAGGCAGGUAUCAUCGGUGAGCAGGUCCCCCUUCGCCUCGAGUUAGACAGCUGGUACCCAGGCAAGACCCACGAGCACUUGAUCCAGAACAGCUUGUUCCUCUGGGCUCUUAAGCUGUUCGAGGAGAAAGACCCGACACAGAAGCUCUCCUUUUUCCAGGUUGCUGGCAUUCACGGAUACCCCUAUCAGCCAUGGGAUGAGGAAGAAUACACCGCCGCGGCAGGCGGUGCGGGCUACUGCACCCAUAACAGUAUCCUGUUCCCGUCCUGGCAUCGUCCAUACAUGCUUCUCUACGAGCAAGCCUUGUAUGAGAUCAUGACCACGGAGAUCAUCCCAAAGAUCCCAGACGAGGCUGCUCAACAGCAGUGGGAGAAUGCUGCGGCAACGUGGCGGUUGCCGUUUUGGGAUUGGGCGUUGAAGAAGGCUCGGCCAGAGGACAGCACGGAUCCGGGAUCCACGAAGCUCAUCUACGACGUUCCCGUCAUCGUCAAGUAUCCGAAGGUGGACGUCCUCGAUUACCAGAAAGGCGCCGCCUCUCUAACCGUUACGAUCGACAAUCCCAUGUACAAGUUCACCAUUCCCGGCACGGCGCCGAUGGGUUCAUAUGGCAUCAAUGACAUACAAGCGAAGACCGAAACCGGCCGAUUCCGCACUACUCCCUUCUCCAAAUCCAGAAGCUCGUCCCGUUGGGCGGACUUUGUACCCCAGCAGGGAGAAAUCAACAGCAACUGGGUGGAUGGUACCGUCAACAACGCCCUUGUUGCGGAAGCUCUCCAAACGGCCCCGUGGUACAAUUCAGACGCCGACGGCGUACCACUCGCUGACAUGGUCUACCGGCUUUACCAACCAGAGUACAUCAAGUCGUUUGCGCAGUUCGCCACCACCAGGCUUGCCGGGGUGAAAAAGGAUAAUUCUCUUUCAGACCCCGCAUCCUAUCUGAACUUGGAAUUCAUCCAUAACAACAUCCACAACUGGACUGGCGGGUUUGGCGAACAUACGGGGCACAUGGCGGAGGUUCCUGUGGCCGGGUUUGACCCCAUUUUCUUCAUGCAUCACUGCAACGUUGACAGACAGUUUGCCCUCUGGCAAGCUCUCAACGAAGAGAACGAAAACAAUUGGUUCGAUAACCUGGAUCCGCCCUACCACGAUGAUGGAACAUGGACCAUCGCGCAGCAAGACGUCGACACGCCCCAAACGGCCCUUGCACCAUUCCACAAGAAUGCAAGGGGGGAGUGUUUUACCUCAAACGACAUUAGGCAUUGGACAACGCUGGGGUAUUCCUACCCUGAGCUGCAGCCCUGGCUCGACAAAUACAAGGGCGAAGAUGGGAAGUUUGAUUACGCCAAAUACACAGCGGACAUCCAAAACCAGCUGAGGUCCUUGUAUCAACCCCCGGCGUCGCCCACUCUUCAUGAAUCGGUGAAAUGGGACAUCAUUGUCAACAUCACCUACGACCGUUUCGCCUUUGACGGCAUCCCGUACACCAUCUACCUCUUCGUCGGCGACAAGACGCGAUACGAAAACUACCGGGAUCCCGUCACCGGCCAGCCCGUCCCGCCGCACAAGAACCCCCAGCACGUCGGCUUCGUCUACACCUUCAGCAACCCCGUCUUUGGCGCCCGUGCCAGCGGUAGAGGGUGCGGCAAGUGCGAGACCCAGGCCGAGCAGGGCCGCACGCUCUGCCGCGCCCAGAUCCCGCUCACCACUGCCUUGCUCGCCCGCGCCCAAAUAGAUCCACACCUCGCACCCGAACUUGGUAAUGCCCCUGAAGGGAUCCUGCCCCUGCCCAGCCUCGAGAAGGGCACCGUGGAUGACUAUUUGGGCCACUUCCUGCAUUGGAAUGUCACGACGUCGGGUGGUACGGACGUUGAGGUCCCUGACGAGAACGCGUUCAUCGAGGUGGCCGCCUACCAUCGCGCCGCCCGCUUUGACGAUCUGAGCAGCCGGUACUGCGUCAGCAACAAGCUCAAGGUUGCGGUCCUAGAAGCCCACAUGGAAGCACAGGGUGAUUAUCAGGAGUGGCAUGCUACAGUUUCGAUCAAAGGCUACUUUAAUUAG